GCAGUUCCCUCACGCCCUUCGCCGACUCUACAACGAUGAUGCCACGCCCAUUUACGGUAGGAGCCUGUGUGGUGAUCACGGUGGCAGCGGUAGUGGUGGGCGGCCUCGCUGGUCCCUCCCGCGCCCACACCUACGGCUCAGAAUGCGAGACGCUUCCUUCCACUAUACACGUGGCUAAAGAGGAAUUCGACGACGCAGGACGCCUUGUCAGGACUUGCGAGGAGGACCUGGCUGUGAACAAGUGCGAGGGCGCGUGCGUGUCCAAAGUGCAACCAUCCGUCAACACUCCUUCGGGAUUCCUGAAG